AUGGGACCUGUUAAAAAUAGAAGCCCAGAGCUUAAUGCAGCGAUGACCUUGUGGGUCAGUUUUCUAUUGACAAAUAAAAUUUUACAUAAAAAGAUGCGCUAUGAACCCUAUAGAAUGGCCAAGAACGAAGAAUUUUUCGUUGUUGUGUAUCGUCGUCUAAUUGCAGCUGUAGAUUGGGUAGAGGCUUUGGCUGAUAGAGUUGGAGGGUUGUCUAUUGAAGAUAGAAUUUCUCUUGUUAAAUCUUGUUUUGGACCUUUAACUUUAUUCAAAUGUUCUGCCCGUACAGCAGUUGUUACUCAAAAUGAAGAUAUGCUUUGCCUCUGCAAUUUUGCUUAUGUCCCUCGAAAUAUUAGCAAAGCUUAUAAUGAUGCCUAG